UAUAUUCCUCCUUCAUUAGGGAGUUAAUUGCCGGUGACUUGAGGAACAUGAUUUUUCCGGUAUCUAACACCCAAAAUAGGAAAUUGGAAAAUUCAAACACAACCGUCGGAUCUUCAAUAUCCAAGGACUGAAAACCCAAGCCAAUAACCUUUCUAUAAAUACAAUCACUCGAAGUUGAAACUUGAAACCCUAAACCAUAACAAUUUUCCUCUUCUUGCACAAUCCUUAAACCGCCAUGGACAUAACAAACAACCGACAGCAACAGGAACAACAGCGCAAGACAAGCAAAGGCCGGCAAAAGAUUGAGAUCAAGAAAGUGGAGAAAAUAAACAGCCGUUAUGUUACGUUUUCAAAACGCAAAAGUGGUAUUUUUAAAAAAGCCACCGAACUUUCAACCUUAUGCGGUGCCGAUGUCGCCGUAAUCCUCUUCUCCGAGCAUGGAAAAGUGUUUUCUUUCGGUAACCCAGAUGUCGACAAGGUUCUUGAUCGAUAUAUUGCUGAAACAGAGGAGAAAAACGAUAACUGUCACUUAUUGGAAAGUAGUAGUAGUAGUGCUGUGACCGAAACCGAGCAAGAACAAGAGUACAAGAAAUCUCUUACCCGGUUGGCGGAGAUAGAAAGAGCUGUGGAUGUUAUAAGAAACGAAACUAACAAGAAAAGCAAUGGUGAAUUUUGGUGGAAUCUACCAGUUGAUAAUGUGGAAAAAGAAGAGCUUGAAGGUUAUAAGGAGUCAUUAGAAGAGUUGAAGAAGAAUGUACUGAUAAAGAUUGACGAAAUGGCUUCUCAUAAUGCUUCUGGUGAAACGGGAAUUAUUAACCAGUUCAUUGAGGGUCAGAAUGAUGGUUUGGAUGCUUUGGAUGUUGGUUUCAACUUUGAAUAUUAGUCGUGAGUUCUUUACCAUCUUUAUAUUAAAAAUAACAUAGUUUGUUAGUCAUCAUCGAAGUUUAAUUAAACUCUUAAUUAUCAAUUUUCCUUUUUUUUUUUUUUUGAAAAAUAAAAUGAGUAGAUACUAUCUUAUAUUGGACAUGUCCUUCUUAAUUAGGGAUAUGUCUAAUUUUUAAUCAACUGUUUUUGAGUAUUGGGUUUCAUUAAUUAAUUUUUUGUUUUUAAUUAGUAAGGUAAGUGAGAAUAGCCUUGGAUGAUAUGCUCAGGCAGGUCUUGUUGAAGGUUUACUUCGGAGUUGUCAACCGGAAUCCUUUACCUUGUAAUCUGGUCGGAAAACUAAUGAUUAUGUGAUGCAGGUUCCUAAUGCAAAGAGAAGAAAACCAAGAUUUCAAUUUCUUACUUCCCUCCUUAGCUUGUAGCUUUUAAAGAAUAGAUGUUGGGUCCAUUAGAUUAAAGCAGGCCCGUUUUAACAGGCAACGUAAGAAAUAUCUGAAACCCAGCCCAUAAAAAAGAGAGUACUUGCUGUUAAAAGACAACUGAGUUAGGUCCUCGAUCGAGAGAAACAUGGAGCCACAAAAAUUAAUACGCAGACAAAAACUUUAAUGAUGCAGAUUCUGAUCAAAAUCUAGUUCAUAGAAGAAUGGCAAACAUGUAAUUCCAUGAGAUGUCUGUAAAUAGACCUUGCUCGAAUAUCAAGAGAGAAAAAUACUUAGCU